CCUUCAAUUUCCAUGUGCUUUCCUGUCGAAUGUAUACCAUGAAAUCAAAUGUUCGAAAUGAAAGCGACGAAAGUUCUGAUGACUGUUCUGAUACCACUGAUGCAAAUUCUAACCUCUCGUAUUUUUCAAGUUACGAAAACCUCGAUGUCCAUCGCCUGAUGUUAAGAGACCGUCCACGCACAGAGUCCUACAGAGAAGCCAUGCUGCAGAAUAGGACGUUAUUUGAAGGUAAAGUUGUGAUGGAUGUAGGUUGUGGAACAGGCAUACUCUCACUGUUUGCGGCAGAGGCAGGGGCAUGCAAAGUAUAUUCUAUCGAAGCAAGCAAUGUUGCCUUGAUUGCCAGGGACAUAGUGAAACGAAAUAACUUGCAAAACAUUAUUGAAGUGUUCAGCUGCCAGGUGGAAGACUUCAUUCUACCUGGUUCUGAGAAAGUCGAUAUAAUAAUAUCAGAGUGGAUGGGAUUUUAUCUUCUGCACGAAUCAAUGUUGGAUUCUGUAGUUCUAGCACGGGAUAAAUUUCUGAAAGAAUCAGGAUGUAUGUUUCCAUGCCUAGCUACAAUAUAUGCUAGCCCUUCAAAUCUAAAUGGAUUUUAUAAUGAAGAGAUUAGUUUUUGGGAUAAUCUAUAUGGCUUUGAUUUUUCUGUUGUAAGAGAGGCAGUGCUUCAAAACAAACAACAGUCACCACAAGUUAUAUUGGUUGACGGCAGUGAACUAACUGCAGAACCCGAAGUUGUGAAACAGUUUGAUUUGAUGAAUGUCACCGUGGAUGAUAUUAUGCAAUUCGAAAGCCAGUUUUUUACAUCUAGUAUACAGAAGAACAUCUGUCGUGGUAUAGUUCUUUGGUUUGUUUGUGAGUUUCCGACAGAACCUAAAUUUAAAGGCAAUUUAACUUUGUCAACUGCCCCCAGCUGCCCAGAGACCCAUUGGAAACAGACUGCCAUAGUCCUACCAACUGAGAUCCACCUAGAAGCUGGUGAUGUUAUUGGUUUUAGCAUUAAACUGUCCCAAAGCUCUUCAAAUCAUCGUCAUUAUAACAUUCAGGUUGAAGUUCUUUCUGAUGAAGUAGAACACCCAAUGCCAUGUAACUGUGGUUUAGCAAGGUGUAAGUUGAUAAAAGCUUUUAUGAAAGAACAACAUGAGUUGGAUGAUAGUGAUGAGGCUGCAUCUAUAUCCUAGGUCAAUCUUAAACAAUGAAGAAAUUCUCUUGGAAUGACCUUAUUUGGUUAGUUUUAUUUCCAAAGUACCAUGUUUUUUGUGACAACAAACUAGACUUGCUAGUGUAGCAAAGGAUGCAAUUUGCCCAGAUGCACCUUAUUUAGGUACUUUAAUACUUAAACAUACCAAGUUUACUUGUUGGUCUGAGCUAGCUAAAAGACUAUGCUUGUCCUAUAUGAGAUUGCUAAUUAAUUAAAAUGAAUUAACGUGGGUUCAAUUUAAACUAACAACCACAGUCUUUUUGCUUUCUUGGGACUUUUUUGAUGAUACAUAUAGAGUAAAAACAAAGAACAAAGAACACUCAAAGCCCCAUCAUUGUUAAGCAAUAGGCUAGCUUAUAGUGUAAACCUCAAAUAAGUUGUAUGAAAGGUUGAUUAAAUCUUAACUAUGUUUAGUUAUGGUUAC